AUGCUUGACGCCCUGUUCUCGAUCCCCUUCCUGUCCCUCAUUCUAGUUCCGGUGGUGUCAUCGUACAGCACCAGUCUCAACCUCCUCUUCUUCUAUAUGACAUGGACGACCCUCGUACUAUCGCAUCCCCCGCUCCGUGUAGAGCUUUUCGGUACCGCGGCCGUCCGAAUAUUAUUCUUCGCGCUACCCUCGCUCCUCUUCUUCCUGUUCGACGUUCUCACUCCAUCUGCGGCGGUGGUUAUUAAGGCCCAGGGCGAGAGCGGUCUUCCUGGGGGCAAAAGGCGGCGCAACAUUCGGCUCAAGGAGUUCAAGGUCGCGGGAUGGGCAUUUUUCAAUGUAUGCCUCGGUAUCGCUGCUCAGGCGGCCAUCGAGACAUUGCUGGUUCGAGGACUGGGCUGGCGCAGUGCUAUAAGGGUCUCGAUGAAGCUACCCAUGCCGUGGGAGAUGGUUAAGGACAUGCUUCGUGGGCUAUUGGGUCGAGAGAUUCUUACCUACGUCCUGCAUCGUUACAUCCUACAUCAUUCCAGAUCUUCGAUUCUCGCAUCGCGCCAUAGAUCCUGGUUCCACAGCCUCGACAGCCCCUACCCGUUGACUGCGCACUACGAUCACCCGCUCGCCUACCUAGUCGGCAGAUUUCUUCCGACCUAUAUUCUGGCUAUGUUCUUCCGCUUUCACAUGCUCACCUACAUGAUGUAUUUGACAUUUAUUUCCCUCGAAGAGACAUUCGUCUACUCCGGAUACACAGUCAUGCCGACAACCUUUUUCCUAGGCGGAAUUGCGCGUCGCACGGAGAUGCAUUUGAUCACCGAUGGCGAAGGCAAUUUUGGGCCUUGGGGCGUUCUGGAUUGGGUCUGCGGAACGACGGUUGGCGACUCGAAUAUCGAGGACGAUCUCGUCGAUGAGCUAGAAGAGCAUGAGGUUGAUGAGAAGGUGAGGAAAGCUCUGGAGGCUUCGAAGCGAAAGAUUAGGGAGGGGACUUUGCGGAGAAAUACGGGUGCGCCGCGGAGUUCACGCAGGAAAAUCGGCAAUGCAUGA